AUGCCGUGCUCGUCGUCUUGGGCCGCGAGCCUCCUCCUGGCUCUUGCAACGCAUGCCUCUGCUGUCCCUGUCAGCGACGCAUCUACCGAUUCGCUCUCCGGCUCCCUCAUGUAUGCUUACAAGACCAAAGACGGCGUCAACAGUUUAAACAAAAACUGGUACCAAAACGACACUGGCUUAUGGGGCGGCUGGUGGAACAGUGGCAAUGCCCUCACCACUAUUGGCGACUUUGUUCUUUCGAGCCCGGCCGUUUCGCAAGGAACCAACCCCUACCACAUCAUCGCAAACACCUUCGACAAAGCCCAGCACGUCACCGUUCAGACGGCCAAGUUUAUGAACUUUGCCAAGGGUGGCAUGAUGAAAUCCCAAUACUGCAUCAAUGGCUCCGGCGCCUGUGGCUCGAAGCGGGACGGUUCGCUCACCAAGCGCGGCUUCACCGACUUUCUCAACGAAUUUUACGACGAUGAAGGUUGGUGGGCUCUUGCCCUCAUUCGUGCUUACGACGUCACCCAGGAAGACAAGUACUUGCAGGCCGCCGUGGCCGUUUUCAAGGAUAUGCAGACUGGUGCCGGUACUCCUUGUGGCGGCAUCUACUGGAGCAAAGAGCGAAAGUAUGUCAAUGCAAUCGCAAACGAACUCUACCUCUCUGUCGCCGCGUCGCUCGCAAACUACGACCUUCCUGGCCAGUCAAGUUAUCUGAAGAUAGCCAACGACCAAUGGACCUGGUUCUCCAACAGCGGCAUGAUCAACUCGGAGAAUCUCAUCAACGACGGCUUGGACGAUAAAUGCAACAACAACGGUCAACAGACUUGGACCUACAACCAGGGCGUCAUCCUCGGCGGCCUCGUCCAAUUGUUCCAUGCAACUGGCAAUAGAACUCUACUCGGCGAAGCCACCAAGAUUGCCAAGGCGGCCAUUAAUAAACUCUCCAACAAGGAUGGUGUCCUGGUGGAAUAUGGCGGCUGCGAAUACACAGAGGGUCGGUGUGGUGCGGAUGGACAGCAAUUCAAGGGAAUCUUCAUUCGGAACUUGGGAUACCUGCACAAGGUUUCUCCUGAUGCCCAGUUUCGAUCUUUUAUUCUUACAAACGCAAAUGCUAUUUGGAAAAAGGAUCGAGAGGAGAGCUCGAACAAGCUUGGUGUUGCGUGGGCUGGCCCGUACUAUGAUGCAACCAGCCAUACACAAAGCAGUGCCCUGGACGCGUUGGUUGCAGCAAUUGGUGCGGCAUAA